AUGAAUGUUGUCAUGUCCUUUAAUCAAGUUCAAACUUUUCUACUCCACCGAAUCUUUAAAGAUUUGGAUAGGAGCUUAUUUGAAACAGACGAUACAGUUAUCUCCAAAACUGAAACUGGAUCAAAAACAAUCCCCUAUGAAUAUAGAAUCAAAUCUCCAACUGCCAUUUUGAAAAAUCAAAUUUCUAUUUACAAUACCAUUGUUGGAAGAAUUAAAAAAUUACCUGUCACAGAGAGAAACUUUGAGUUUCUAGUAUAUUUAUUCGAGUACCGUUACUUAUACCUACGAACCAGUUAUUUAUCCCGAAAAAACGUGAUUGAUCUAGUGAGAUAUGUUAUUAACUCAUUUACUCAUCCUAUUGAUGUGCCCCUUUUAAUUGAUACCAUGAAAGCAUUAUUGGAUCCACCGUUGACAAAUAUACUUGAUGAUUUUGCAUCAUUUGUUCGGUUUUUCCCAAAUUUAACUAAAUACUCAUUGAAUAAUGCUAUUGCACUAACAUAUGCUUACGAGAUGUUUUUCUAUCCUGAUCUCGAGCAAAAAUUAUCCAUGGUCAAAGAUUUCCUUCGUCAUUACUAUUAUAGUUUUCUUCAUAGACAUGAAGGUACCUUUCUAGACAUUUUAGAAGAAGUACAAAGGUUUUGCAAAGAAUAUCAUCCAAAUAAUGAAGAAGUCCAAGCAAAUUAUAUAUUUGAUAAACUAACUUUAUCAGAAUUCACCACCGAUGAAAUAAUUUCUCGGUUACAAGCAAGUGAGAUGGAAUAUAGGAAAAGAUUAAAUGAAUUCUAA